CGGAUUAGUACCCGGGAACUGCAGGUACGCAGCCAGGGAGCAUACGGACGUGUUUGGUGUGGGACCGACUUCUGGGAGCCCACGGUCGGCGGGCUUGUUGUGGUGAGGUUUUAUUUCUCUCGGCCGUUCCAGUUCCAGCCCGAGUUAUGUCGGUGUUACUGAACGCCCUCAACAGCGACUCUCACGUGGAGCUGAGCCAGUACCGAGACCAGCACUUUCGGGGAAGCCGAUAUGAGCAGGACAAACUGUUGAGAUACAGCUGUACUCUCUACGUUGGGAACCUAUCAUUCUACACAACUGAAGAACAGAUCUAUGAACUCUUCUCAAAAAGUGGAGAUGUUAAAAGAAUCAUCAUGGGCCUGGAUAAAAUCAAGAAAACUUCAUGUGGAUUCUGUUUUGUGGAGUAUUACACACGUGCUGAUGCUGAACAUUGUAUGAGGUUUAUUAAUGGAACGCGUUUGGAUGAUCGCAUUAUCAGAACAGAUUGGGAUACUGGCUUCAAGGAAGGCAGGCAGUUUGGCCGAGGAAAAUCUGGUGGUCAGGUGCGUGAUGAAUACAGGACAGAUUAUGAUGCUGGCAGAGGUGGCUUUGGAAAACUGGUCCAGAUGCAGAGAGUUCCAGAACCAAGACAAAAAUUCUAGAGUUUACAAUGGCUUUACCUGUACAUCUUUGAGAUAAUGAAGCUAUUGCCUUCAUGGAAGCCUGGGGUAGCAUUCAAUGACUAUAGCCUUGUCUUGUUCAUUUUAUUUUAACUAGGCCUUGUAAAUCUUUCUUGGAGCCCCAGUUUCUUAAGUGAAAUUGCUUUAAUUUUAAUUCCUGAAUUGUAAUGUUUAAAUCAAUCCCAAUAAAAAUUUGUCCUUGUUUAAUCAUUUGUAAUCUUCAAAUUGUGCCAUAGUAAACUGACCCAAAAGUU